AUGCGUGUGGACCGCAGCAGCCUGCGUAAGCCACCCCCCGCGCCACCCCGGCGCCCGGGCCCUGCCAGCCGCAAGCGCCAGCGCUACGUGGAGAAGGAUGGCAAGUGCAACGUGCAGCACGGCAACGUGCGCGAGACCUACCGCUACCUCACCGACAUCUUCACCACCCUCGUGGACCUCAAGUGGCGCUUCAGCCUCCUCGUCUUCAUCCUCGCCUAUGCCGUCACCUGGCUCUUCUUCGGCCUCAUCUGGUGGUUCAUUGCCUACUGCCGGGGCGACCUGGACCACCUGGAGGACCACGCGUGGACGCCGUGCGUCAACAACCUCAACGGCUUCGUCUCGGCCUUCCUCUUCUCCAUCGAGACGGAGACCAUUGGCUACGGCCACCGCGUCAUCACAGACAAGUGUCCCGAAGGCAUCGUGCUGCUGCUGCUCCAGGCCAUCCUGGGCUCCAUGGUCAAUGCCUUCAUGGUGGGCUGCAUGUUCGUGAAGAUCUCGCAGCCCAACAAGCGGGCCGAGACGCUGGUCUUCUCCUCGCACGCUGUGGUCUCGCUGCGGGACGACCGCCUCUGCCUCAUGUUCCGCGUGGGCGACCUGCGCGACUCGCAUAUCGUUGAGGCCUCCAUCCGCGCCAAGCUCAUCAAGUCCAAGCAGACGCAGGAGGGCGAGUUCAUCCCUCUCAACCAGACCGACCUCAGCGUGGGCUUUGAGACGGGCGAUGACCGCCUCUUCCUCGUCUCGCCCCUCAUCAUCAGCCACGAGAUUGACGAGCGAAGCCCCUUCUGGGAUGUCUCCCGGCAGCAGCUCGAGAAGGACGACUUCGAGAUCGUCGUCAUCCUCGAGGGCAUGGUGGAGGCCACAGGUAACAGGGCCACCGCCACUGGCCAGGCUGGGCUUUGGGGACCAUUGGGGACCCCCCCGCUGUGGUCCCCGUCAUGGUCCUGCCUGGUGCUAGGAGAGAGGUGACCCCGAAUCCAACCCCUGAGCUCAGCCUGGAUGUGGGUCCCCCCACCCAGAAUAACCCUGUUGCAGGACCCAGGGGGUCCCAGCCACCCCCUUUUCCCCCCCAUGGGGAUCCUCCACCUUCUCUGUCCCUGCUGAGAGGUUGGGGAAGGGGGCUGCAUCCCACAGGGACACCCGGAUGACAGGGACAGCCUCGGCGUCCCAGCCUGUCCCCUGCUUGCUGGGGCUGGUGGCAUCAAGAACCUCGGGGUAGGGGAGGAAUGGUUUGAGGGCCAGCUCAGCCUCACAGGACGCCUGGGUCCCCCUUAGCGAGUAGGGGGGUGGCACUUGCCCGUGCUCAGAAGGACAUUUGAGAUUCCCAUGCUUCAGGACCUCUCCCCUUAGAAAGGGGAUGCCUUGCCCCUCCUGUGCCUCAGUUUCCCCAUUUAACACUAAGGCAGAUACCAGCAGGGCUGCACAGGCCAGGGGAGGGGUGGGGGGGCAGUGCCAGGCGCUGCACAGGUCCCCCAGCUGGGA